AUGAUUGAUCUCUCCAUCUACAACAGCCCUCAACUCAAGUUCCGGCUUCAUAUAGUCAUUGGUGUCCUGCUUCUAUUGAAUUUCAUUCUCAUCAUUGCACGGUUAGCCAAUAAGGGAACGCCGCCGACUCGAUCUAAUACAUGGGGAGUAGCAGUAUGUGUCAAAUCGGCUGUCUUCAUGGCAUACCAGAUCCUGACAGCCCACGCCAAUCGAUUAAAACGAUGGGCCAGCCCUAAAGCGUAUAUGAUUCUCAACAUCAUCGACACCAUCUUUUGGUUCGCCCUCUUUAUUAUCACUUGUAUGAGCACCGCCGGCUCCUGUAGUGGGAGCAGUUGUCCGCUGGGCGGAAUUAUAGCGACUCUGACUAUAAUUUUAUGUGGUCUCGCCGGUUUGUUGUCCUUCGUGUGUAUUCGCGAUUGGCGCUAUUUCAAGGCAAAUGGGACUCUUCCUGGGACGGUGAAACCUUCCGUUCAUGGUGGCGUGUAG